CGAACAAUUGUCUCAGAAAAGUUUUUAGCGCUACCACGGGAGUAGGUCGUGAGGGGCCUUUGAAAUGUUUCUACCUUUAUAGCAGUGGCUCACUUUUUCCUAAGAGUCCUAGGGAACACAUCGACUUCACAAAGACACUCACAAUGUCUAAAGAAACAAACUCGGAUUUUCUUGGCUCUGCUUUCACGAACAUGAAGCUUGUGGGAACCGGUGGAAGCGGCGCAGUUUAUUCCGCCAUCGAUGUGGAAACCGACCAACGGGUUGCUCUUAAAAGACUUAUUCUUCGAGAUCGAAUGAAUUGUAGAGCAGCUCUCAGAGAAGUGAAGGCUUUGAAGACUUUAGAACACGAGAAUGUGGUGAAGUUAUUAAAAGUGGUGGACUCAGAAGGCAUGCCGUUCCUGGACGGCAUGGACGAACAUUUUAGAGGGGCGACCGAACUUUAUCUUGUAGAAGACUUGAUUGAUUCUGACCUACAUCAAAUCUUACAAAGUAAGGGAAAACUACGGGAAGACUAUGUGAAAUUAUUUUUAUAUCAACUGUUACGAGGACUGAAAUACAUCCACUCCGCGAACGUAGUUCAUCGUGACGUGAAACCAAGUAAUUUGCUAGUUGACUCCGAAACGUUACUCCUGAGAAUAGGCGACUUCGGACGAUCACGAAUUCUCGAUCCGGCUUACUCACACUACGGCCAUCUAACUCACAGCGUCUCGACCUUGUGGUAUAAAUCGCCUGAACUGCUGUUGAACGCAUCGACUUAUGACAGUUCGGUAGAUAUGUGGGCCGCGGGUUGCGUUUUUGCUGAGAUGUUACUGGGCAAACCCCUGUUCGAAGGGAGGCACGAAAUCGAUCAAAUGGAGCAAAUUUUGGACUCUGUUUGCCUUACGGAGGAAGAAUGGAUAGCCCUUAAACCACAUUUGCCAGAAACAACGGCUAUGAAAAGGACUCAGGGGCAAGGAUCUGCUUUGGGAAGCAAGUUUCCUCACAUUGACAUCCAAGCUCUUGAUCUGCUGGUGAAAAUGCUGAAGUUCAACCCAGAUAAAAGAAUGACUGCAGAAGAAGCCCUUGCACAUCCUUACCUUCAUCAGUACUCAUUCCCUUCAGAUGAACCUAUCUGUUUCGAGCCAUUGCACAUUGAGGAUGAAGUUGGAGACUUUGAAGAGGGCACAUUGAAAAGCUGGAUUUUAGAAGAGUGUUCUUCAUUUGAAAGUAGUGGCUCUUUUGAAAGCUCUGUUCCAGAUGUUGUUGUUAAAGAAGUUGUUUUGGAGAAUCAAGAUACUGGAAAUGACAUAUUAUCUUUAAAGGACAUUAUGCAGGAGCCAGAAGCCCCUUUGCUGGACCAGUGCAAAACCUGCAUUGAUGUGUCGGAGCGUUUGGGAUUGGAAACUUGCAAAGAAGGACUUGAAACUUUGGCUGCUGCUUACAAAAUCCAAAUGUCCUUCAAUGGCACUAUUGAUCCUAAAGAUCAGGCAAAACUCUUUGAGUUUCAUCAUGCCAACAUGCCUUCAUCCAUUUUAGAUGGUAUGUUUGGCAAGGGUGCUUUGAAGGAAAAUGUGAACUUUACAUGUAAGAAAAACGUUUUUAAUGGACCGUUUGGAUUGUGUUAUUUUUAAAUGGUCACUAUUGAGUUUUUGUACCUUGAAACUUGCUAUGGUGCUUUGCCUUGGUUUAGUGGAAGGGGUCGUUGUGUUGAAAAGUGAGUGUUUGUUCAUUGGAAAGUGUUGUGUUGUCUGGUUUUUAUUAGAAGUUAAAAUCUUAAAAAAGGAAAACAAAUUGGGAAACUAAUUGGAUUUUCCUGUAUGUAAUUUGAUUUAUUCUUUAUUUCUUUGUCAGUGUUUCCUUCAAGUACUUUGCCAUUCAUGGCUUAAUUUACCACUAAUUGUAUUUUAAAAAGUAUCCGUUAUUGCAUUUUGCCCUAUUUAAAGUAAUAGUUUGAAACAGUUAGGUUUGUGCCCAAGGGUUUCUUUUAUGUAUGCUCUUGAAAUUGUAAUUUUAUUUAUUGGUGUUCAUUUUUAAGCAAUUUCGUAAAAUAGUUAGUGAAGGACAGUUCAUUUUUUUGUGUGUGUGUUGAUGGUAACUUUCUUUUUUUACUCUCUCUCAUUUUUGAAAUUCUCCAAUGGUUUUAAGGUUUCAUAAACAUAAUUUCAUAUUAUUUAAUUUUUUUGACAAUUGUCAUUUGUAAGAAAAAAGAGAAAGAAAGAAAAAAAAAUUAAUAUUGAUUAAAUUGCAAUUUGCCUGGCAAAACAAAAGGAAAUCAUCCUUACUCAAGCUUGGCCCUUGAUGAAAUUAUGCUAACAAUUAUGGCUAUUAACAAGAAAAGACAGAUGUAUCAUAAUAUAAUUUAUCAUAAUUUAAUUUAUUCGGGAUGUGGGGGGGUAUGAGCGAACAUGAAAAAUUUACCAAAGAGCUCUUGUAUAUUAUGCCUGAGCUGUUCAGGGAAUUUUCUUUGGGAAAAUGUUAUUUUUUGUCAAACAUAUAAGGUCACAUCCUAUGUGAACGUAACAUUGUGAAUUAAAAUGUCGACGCUACGCUUAGAUUGA